UCUUCCAUUAUUCCAACCUUCGCAUCAACCUUCCCUUUCUUCUCUCUCUAACCGUGUUAUUUUCCCACAACCAAAUUCACACCCAAAAAAAGAGAAAAAAAAAUGGGUUGUGGGAAAUCCAAACACGACGUAGCUUCAGGAAACACCGUCCUCCAGAAGAAAUCCAGUGCUGAUUCCAAGGAAAAGGAGGUGCAAAACGUGGACAAAAGCAACGAGGUUAAUGUUGAGAAGGUAGGCUUAGAAGUGGAACAGAAGAACAACGAGAAGGCCAGAGAGGUCGAAGCCAAAGUUCCUGAGAUAACUAAGGUGGAAGAAAAUAAGGCAUUGGAGAAGGGCCAGGAAACUGAAGCUGAAGAGAAAAAGACAGAGGAAGUUGUUGAUGCAGAGGGGCCAAAGGAGGAGUCCCAAGCUGUCAAAGACAGGUCGUUGGAAAGGAAUGAUCAAGAACUGAAGGAUGUUGCUGAAGAGCAACAACCAACUGAACAAAACAAAGAUCAAAAUGAAAAACAAAAAGAGGAUGUGAGUUCAGUGGAAGAGACCUUGGUGAAGGAAGAAGAAAGCAAAGACACAAAUGAGGAGGCGUUAGCCAAGGAAGAAGAAAGCAAAGACACAAAAGAAGUGGUGUUGGCCAAGGAAGAAGAAACCAUAGAAACAGAACAGGAAAAGACUUUGGUCAAGUGUGAUGAAACCCAAGAAGCAAAUGUUUCAACUACAACCUCCUAAAAUGAGCAGAAAGAUUUGAAAGUUGAGGAGGAACAACAGAGAAUGAGACAACCAGAAAAGAUAAAAGGGGAUUAGAGGGUCAACACAAAUUAUUCUGGUUGCAUUGCAAGUCCAGGGUGUUUCCGGUUCAUUAGUCUAUUCCGAAGCUAAUUGAGUUGGAAAUAGCUUGGAUAUAGUGUCGUGUAUGCAUGUCUAUGGUCAUAAGCUUUUGUUCAUUGUGUUCGUCUUGCAUUGAAUUUUCCUUUCCUUGGUCUUACAAAAUUAUACUAAUACAAUUCAUAUGGGUUGCUACACUGGAAUACCAUUUUUAUCUUGUACCCAUCUCGGUGAAUUUAUAAUUUAUAAGCACUCUAUUUGUUAAA